AUGGAUCUGUACGCCGAUCUGCCGCUUGCUAAGGGCGCGAAGAUGUCUUCAGCACUCGAUGCAGAUGGUAAACCCAAGGCGUCUCUACCCUCUACGAGUUCCGUAUGGGCAGGUACGCCAUUGAUGGUGCCACAAGCAGCUAAACACAAGAUUAACAACGUUCAGUCGAUGGUAGCUUCUACCGUCAUCAAUAGCACGUCGACGCCACCUAAUGCAUUCGCAGAAGCUCGAGUGAAAAGACCUAUACGGCCGUCCAUGUCAUUAUCUUUUCAUCCUACGUCGGUAGCCAAGAGAAUGUCGGCAGCAGCUACUCAAGUGUUUCAAGAGAAAGAAAAAGACGAAAAGGUUCGGUCUACAGGCACAGGAUUGGGAUAUGUUGCCGCAACAGAAGUGAAAGUGAAGUUGCUACAACAACAGGAGCGGCAGCAGCAACAAUACGAAAAGGAAAAGGACGAUAGAGACGUGGGUGCCGGUACGACAGGGGGCCAUUUUUUCCAGGCAACUUAUCGAGAUGAGUACCAACCAGCACGACCGAACAGCUACGAGGUUUACUGCAAAGAGAGAAAAGAAAAGAAAAAGCUUGAACAGGUGAAACGGGAAUUGAGUCGGCGACAGAAAGAACAGGAGAGAGAGGGCAAGUUGGAGCGUGAAAAGCUUGCAAAGGAUCUGGCCGAAGGUCGAACGCCAGCCAUGGACUUGCCAGCUCCUGCUGGACGAGGACGAGGCAUGACGAUGCCGGCAUGGAUGCGCAAGAAGAUUGAGGAAAAUGCAGCGUCGCAGCCCGAGAGUGAGCGUGAUGUGGAGCAAGCACGUGAAUUAAAGGGGGCGAAAGCUGACCUUAUCGACGGACAGUUUGAGGAUGCUGCAGAGUCACGAGGCAGCCCGAGAUUCUCGACUAAAGGCAUCGGGUUUUCUUCAUCCGUCAGAUCAACGUCAUUGGCAAUUUCGGAUAAGGAUUCACGAGUAAUAACAACGAAAUCAAAUUUUCAGCCGUGUGGGAGCAGGAUAGGCGGUGGCAACUAUGACAGCAGCGAUAGACGUUUUACGAAAGAACGCUAUCACUCGAACGCACCAAUGAAGGAUGAGUUUGGACGAGAGAUUCGACAUGACGUGAAAAGAGGGAGUGAAGACCAGUCUAGUGUGAAACACGGCGAGCGUAGGAAGAGCCUCAAAAGCUACAAAAGUCAUGACAGCAGGUUAUGCGAAGGCACUGAAAGCCGUGCUUUCAGUGAGAAACGCCGUCGGACGAAUGGGUGGGAUAGCAAAUCGCCACAGAAAACGCUAUUGACUAGCCGGGUGAUAUUGUUACUGAAUAUGGUGGGCCCAGGCGAGGUAGAUGAUGAGUUGCAAGAUGAGGUUAAGGGCGAAUGUUCUGAUAAGUAUGGUCCCGUGGCAAAAUGCGUGAUCUACGAAGUGAUCGAAAGGGUCUCGCCUGAAGAAGCUGUCCGGAUCUUCGUCCAAUUUACGAAUCCCGGAGACGCUACGAAAGCUUUGACAGGCUUACAUGGACGAUUUUUUGGAGGUCGAAAGGUCAAAGCUGAGUACUAUGAUGAGAGCAAGUUUGAGCGAAUGGACCUUAAAAGCCAGUAG